GACCUCUCAAAAGAAUACGUUCUGUUCUUGUUGAACUCACUUUUUCGGACCGAGUUUCGAGUUCUGGAUUUGAGAAAACAAAAAUCCAUCAUCCUCGUCCUAUUCCCCGUCCAGGUAGUGGCCGAAACACUACGAAAAUAUUCAAUCUGAGUUCAGGGUGUGGGAGAGAAGAGAAGAUCCCAAGAGACACAUCAUGUCAACCGAGAAUGACACAGAAGAAGACACGCAUCUCGCAUGGACGAAGAAACAAGGCCAUGUGCUGUCGGGUGGUGGCAAAGCCGAAAGCUUUUAUACGGCAGAACGUGGAUUUCCAUUCCUGGAGACAGAUCUUCCACACUAUCACCUUCUGAAAGGGGACACGCACGCUGUAUUUAAACCCAACCUAAAAAGUGCGAAACUCCCUGUUGCUGGAGCGUGGAAUCGUCCUUUGUUCAGCGGGGGCUGGAAGUAUUCUUCCGACAAGGAAGAACGGGUUUACAACAUACAAACAAACAAUCUUUUCAUCGACUUUCGGGUUCCCAGGUCCAGAGAGACGGUUUUUCGCACGUCAACGGCCACUUCUCUGGACGACUUGGGUCCCCGAGAGCUCCGCCUCUAUGCUCGACAACAUAUUUUUGCUGGCUUCACGGUUCUUGACCACGAAAAAGAUAGACCCGUUGCAACUCGCCACCAUUUCAUCGACUGGAAUUUCGUCGGUGUUUCGCGAACGCGUCCGAACAAGUGGUGGAUCGAAGCCAACGAGGACACUUCUUCCUGGAAGGAAUUCUCGUACGCUACGGACAACAACGGGCAGCAUUAUUAUUUUGAGCAAUGGGAUCGACUUCCGAACGGGAAUCCAGCGCCUCGUUUGGCGCUAAGAGUUUCUCCCUCUGAGAAACGAAAAUCGUCCACCGAACAAUCGGAAGGAUCGUUGUGCAAACAACAAGAUGGGGUGUUUGUUCUCGUGGGAGACCACUUUAACUAUGUCAUGGGUCGAAAGCUUUCUGGAGAGAAGCGCCCCUACGAAGUAGCAAGCCUAGUCGAUCUCGUAGAUGAUGCCGUUGCAAGCGGAGAUCUAGCAACGGCGCGGUCGCAUCUCGGUAUUGAAGGUGGGCACGGCACGGUUUCUAGUGGGUGGAAACUCGAUUGUACUAUCCCGCAUUGGAACGGGGGGAAAACCUUAGAAUCCGUUGGGGGUGGCCAUUUGGAAGUUGUAGGGACCGACCUGACCUCGUGCAGUGUCGUUUUCAAAGGGCUGAGUUGGAGCAUUUAUGAUUGCUCGUUUGAGAACAUUGAUGAGUUGAAACAGUUUUUGAAUGGAAUUCAACACCAUAAUAAUCAGUUACGGAUGACCAGACCCUAAACAAAGACCAUCAUGGACAAGAUGAAGUUCAUGAUCUUUAAAAAUGUAUUGAGUCCACCAGCCAAUAGAAUUCUUUCGCAGUGCACACCUAGAAGGCUCCAGACCGGUUUGAGAUUUGUUCUUCGGAUCUAAUCCACAAGAGCAUUUGAGCUCCUACUACCGCUUCGACUGCCAACAUCUAUCGCAACACCAAGUACUUUUUUUUACGUCUAAAUAAACACCAGAUGGCAUCCGACAAGAUUUGCAACUAGCCUUUCACACAURCUUUAAGAAAAGAAACGAUGGCACAAAUGGAACCAAGCGGCGUCACUUUCAUGGGCUCCUCCUGAUCCUCCUCAACGAAGCUGCCAAACCACAUCAAUUUUCUUUUAUCUGGGCACUAGUGUAGUAUGCUACGCGCCAGGAUACAAUAGCACGGUCAGCACAAUGCGGAAUAUGCUAGUCCCACUCCUGUUUGCGGUGUACCUGCAUGCAGACAGUCUUUUGUGUUAAGCAAGUAUGCGAAAGCUGAAUGAAAUAGAAAAACCGGCGGUGCUACUAGAACAACAUGGACAGCAAAAAGUGCGAUAGCGAUUAAACUUCUACCAACAACACAACAAACAAACAACGGACAAUGGGAGCUUGUAAAAAAACAUCAAAUUUUCCAGACAGACUUUCAUUUAUUGUUCCAUUCAGUGUGACUACCUGACUCUACAGUUUAUCGAUUUUUCUCGAAGCGCCAUCUCGUCCCCGACUUUCGUAAUCUCUUGCUUUUGCGUUUCGAUUUCUUCUUCCUACUUUUUACCAUCUCCCGUAUCCAAUUUGGCUUGCUCCUCUGCACUACGGCGGAUCAUCUCCAAUUCGUGCUCCAAUGCCAUAGGCACAAGGUGACAUGAUUAUUGUUUUCCACAAGUAACUCUGAAAGCACCAAUAACAAAAAGAACCGCCCAUCCGGAAUCCAGACAAGUUGUAGAGGAAGGCGAAGGAGAAGAUACGAAGUGGUUCAUAACAGACGAAGAAUGCAUCAAAGAAGAAAAAAUAGAUCGUCCUCCUCCUCAAGAUGCAAUGGAAUUCGCCGGGAUAAUACCGUAACCAGCAGCUUUCGCCUCCUUGCCUUUUUCAUCUUCAAAUCAAUACAUUUCUGCUAGUCCUCGAGCUUCUUUUCGUGCUUCGCAUUUCAGUUUCCCAUUUCUUUGGAACUACUACCAUUAUUUUAUCUCAUCUCUCUAUCCCCUCGGUCCCUGUUUGCGCCAGAAGCACCAACAAGGGCAACGCUGUGAUCUUAGUGCGUCGAAAUUGUCUUGAAGCGCCUUCUUAUCAUCCUCGUGGUUCUUUUCUCCUUUUCCUUUUCCCUUUCCUUUUCCUUUUCCCUUUCCUUUUCCCAUUCUUCCAUAUCCAAUUUGUGCUCUGCCGCUAUGUGGCGUAUUGAUUGCCGUUUUUGAAGAAGGAUUUCUCUGUCUGGACCCCAAACAGUUGUCCAACAUGCUUUUCCAUCAUUGUCAAAGAUGUGAGUGAGGCCUGCAUAAUCGUGGUUUACCUGUUCGAAAAAACUUUCAAGCUGUCGAAGGAUCCCUUGCUCAUUUCUGUUUGUCCACAACAUGCAUUUUCAAACAUUUUCUCGUAGUUCUUUUCGCUAUCCAUAUCAAAUGCCCAAACCACAUAUCCAUAUCAAAUGCCCAAACCACAAUGCACGUGUCCGACUUGUGAAUGGGUGGUCCACUAUUGAUGUCAUACCUACCCAAAAAGAAAAGCCGUUCGUGGAAGGCCGCCUUGAUAUCUUGUACGGCAACAUCGAUUGCCUCUCUGCCCUCACUGCCCUUUGCACUUCCAAGGUCUCUGAGUAGCUGCUGGUCUGCGCGAUUGCGAAUAAAGGUGCAGAUAUCAUCAUCAGUGUCACGCUUGGAACUAAUAAAUUGUACCUAACCAUUUUGGUAGUGGGGAGAACCAUUUAACUUUUCUGAUGUAAGCUGAUUGACGACUUCACUUGCAUACCAUCUUUCCAGUUCCGUCACUCUUUUCUUGUGGAUUUGCUCUACAACCUGUGCUUUGGUGCAGGGUUGGUGUUUGAAAAGGAGCCGAUGUAUCUCCUUGUUUUCAUUAUUGUUGAGAAUGGAAAGAACAGUUGGUGUCUUAAGAGUCCCAGUUUGGCAUUGAACACAACAUAUUUCCAUUCUCUGAUGUUUUCUUUCCCAUUAAAAUGGGGAUAAAGUCAAGAGCAUGCUUGCCAGGAUUGAUUGCUGCAAAAUGGAGAGGGAGCAUGCUAAGGACAUUGUCACAACUUGCUAUGACAUGUGGACAUUUACUCGCAACAAGUUGAAUCAUGUCUUUGGUUGCAUUAAUAUUUGCAGAGAGAAUAUGCAGUGGAGAAAGUUGAAACUCAUCGAUCUUGCUUGCGUGUCCAACAUUUUCCUCCAAUGAAGCUGAAAUACCUUCUUGCAUGUUUGCGCUAUAACAUGUUUCGUGCAAUGGCAGGUCUUUGAAACGUCUCUUUAGCAAGUCAAAAGUUGUUUGAACUGUGGAACCUUCCAUUUGAUCUGUGGUUCCUUGUGAGACCAAUGCAGUGUGAAGUUUUUGACAUCCUUUGACAACCAAAYGAUCAACAUCGUCUAUUCCAUCACCAGGGAAUGUUAAAAUGAGAAGUUGAGUGCAUCCUUCCAAUGCACCAUAACCAAUGCUUGUCAAACCCUCUGGGAGGUGGAUGGAUGUCAGUGAUAAGCAUCCUUCAAAUGCACCAUGACCAAUGCUUGUCAAACCCUCUGGGAGUUGGAUGGAUGAUAGUAAUGAUGAGGACUUGAAAGCGUUUGCGGCAAUCUCAUCCAUUGUGGGAUCGACCACCACAUGUUUGAUGACAUCAAGCUUUGGAAGGUUUGUCCCUUGUAGACAAAGGCAUUGUCACCAAUUAUCUUAGUUCUGUUCUUCUCUCCAAGGUUUUCUUCAUCUUUGGAAUUACUAGUGCCUGGCGUGUCACAUGAAUGAAAAUGUUUGGCUAUU